AUGUUUCGCCAAGAAGUCAGUGUGUCGUCUUUUAUCCCGUCUUGUUCGUAUCUUUUCCAUCACGAGAAGAGGAAUAUGUCCAGGUACAACAUAUACAGCCUGUUAGACUGGGUCUACGGCGGGGUGGACCCGAAGUUUGAAGGCAACGGGGGUCCAGAAUGUGCCGCCUUCCUUGCGCCCCAGCAGCGUAUCAGUGAAAGUCUUGUGGUUCUGCUCAUCUCCAUAGUGGAGAUUAGCGUGGCGUUGAAGAAAAUAAACAUCCACAAAGAGCUCAAAGUAGUGAGUAAAGAGUGCACAAGGUCAAAAGAGGAUAGUCUCGGCAAGAACCUGUUGCUAGUAGCACUAUGCAUGACUUUUGGAGUGGAGGUGGGCUUCAAAUUCGCAACCAAGACUGUGAUCUAUCUGCUGAAUCCAUGCCAUGUGGUGACCAUGAUCCAGAUCUUUCUGCUGGCCUGUCCGCCUUGUAAAACUGCAAUGGUUCUGUUUAGGCUGCAAGUCCAUAUGUUGAAUGGCGCACUCUUGGCUUUAAUGUUCCCAGUGGUCAACACUAGACUGCUGCCAUUUGAAAAGGAGAUUUACUACAUUCAGCACUCCAUGCUGUAUCUGGUGCCACUUUACCUUUUCAGGAAAGGAGGUGUGUACAAGCCUGAGCCCCUGGGGGACAUCUGGUGGGCGCUGCUCUCCACAGGCAUCCUUUUCCUCUAUCACUUCCUCUUCUUACAAGUUCUUGGCCUGGUGACUGAGGUAAAUCUCAACAACAUGCUGUGCCCGGCCGUGUCAGAUCCCUUUUACGGACCUUGGUACCGCGUGUGGGCGGCGGGCCACCAGACCCUCUUGACGCUAAUCCACGGGAAGGUUCUGACAAUGCUCUCGCAACACACCGUUCCUCUUUGCAAACACCUGUUGGAUACACUCCGACUGCGCAGCAAGAAAGUCGAUUGA